AUGAGCAAUAACAAUCCAAAAAAGAGACCUUUAGAUGCAAUUAGCAACACUUUUGAAGUAAAACAAGAAGAACCAGAAUUUUCAAGUGAUGGAUUCAACACCACAAAUGAUGAUUUAAUGUCAUUAAUGACAUUUUUAGAUAACGGAACAGGACAACAGAAUCAACAAAACCAACAGAAUCAACAACCACAACCACAACCACAACCCCAACCACAACUACCACAACCACAAUCACAACAACCAAUAUAUAAUUCAAAUACCACAACAGUGACAGUGAAAACUGAAGGUAUAGCAACAUCACCACUUUCUAACGCAUCUUCACCUAUAUCCACCAAUAACAACAUAAACAAUAAUACCAAUAAUAAUAAUAAUAAUAAUAAUAAUAAUAAUAAUAAUAAUAAUAAUAAUAAUAAUAAUAAUAAUAAUAUUAAUACAGCAACUCCACCAGCAAUUGGGGUUCAACAAAAUUCAAACAUUCCUUACUCAUACCCAAUUUAUACUGACGUAACAGGUCAACAAACCCAACACCAACAAAAUAUUGGACAAAAUUCUGUUAACAUUGAUCCAUAUUUCCAAACUAUUGAUGGUGCACAAAUUCAACAACAGCAAUUAUUACAACAACAAUUGCAACCAAUUCAACAAGUUAACAACCCACAAAUAGAUCAAGCACAAAUUCAACAACAACAGGCCCAACAAAUUCAACAACAACAAGCACAAAUUCAAGCACAACAAGCACAAAUUCAACAACAACAAUUAGAACAACAACAUUUACAACAACAACAAUUCCAAUUCCAACAACAACAACAACAACAACAACAACAGCAACAACAGCAACAACAACAACAACAACAACAACAACAGCAACAACAACAACAACAACAACAACAACAUCAUCAACAACAACAACAACAACAACAACAUCAACAACAACAACAACAUCAACAACAACAACAACAUCAACAACACCAACAACAACAACACCAACAACACCAACAAAUUCAUCAAAAUCAUCAAAAUCAAUUAAAUCACCAAAAUCAAUUAAAUAAUCAAAAUCAAUUAAAUAAUCAAAAUCAAUUAAAUAAUCAAAAUCAAUUAAAUCAUCAAAAUCAAUUAAAUCAACCAACACAACCACAAAUGCAACAAAUUGAAUUACCAAUUUUACAUCAAUUACCAGUUGAACCACAACAUUUACAUCCAAUUCCAACCCAUAUCAAUAAUAAUGGUAAUAAUAAUAAUAAUAAUAAUAAUAAUGGUAGUAAUAGUAGUAAUAGCUCAAAUGGAAUUGGAUCACCAGAUGAUAUAAUUGAACCAAAUAUAUUAUCAUCAAUUCAACAUUGUAAUAAUAAUAAUUUGCCAUUACCAGAUCAUCUUUUAAUAAAUACACCAUAUGGAAAUGUAUUACAACCACAUCAACAAAUCAUUAAUGAAUGUUUAAAGUUACAUUUGGCUCAAAAGGAACAAUUGGAUAAGAUGAAAAUUGUACAAAAACAAGUGUUGGCACACCCACAAAAAGAGACAUUCCAAAUGUUGGAUAAUGAACAAAAUACAUUGAAAAAACAAAUUGAUGCAGAGAUCACCUCACUUCAACAAAUUGACCAAACCUUUGUUUUAUCACCACCAGAGAUUAGAAAUGUUAUCUUCCUUUUACAUGAACUCACCAUUCAAAGUAUUCAAUUGGAAUUGUAUCAUGAAGAGUUACAACUUUUAGUUCGUCCACAAAAUCCACCACCAACUAUCGCUGCUUUGGUAGUGAUUGAACAACCAUUCCCAAUGGUAAUUACAAAGUGUAAACCAUUGGAAGAUGAUCCAGUAGUCGUUCAAUUACUUUGUGGCACUCGUACAGAGUUACAAAUGAUCGGUAAAGUUAGAGCAACAAUGAUCGUUGAGAAUCAACAAGGCUCAAAGACUUCUUCAUCUCCAAAAACCAUUGAAACAGAGGUGGUAUCAAUGGAUGAAACCAAUCGUUUGGCAAAAUAUCAUCUCAAAUUUUUAAAUGGUACCAGAAAGAAUCCAGUAACCCUCAAAUUUGGAAUGCAAGUUCAAGUGGUUGGUGGUACCGCUGUAAACAUUGAAUCACCACCAACCUCACCAUUCAUCGUUAUCACCAAUGAAUGUCAAUAUGAAGAAUCAGAUGGUACUCUCCUAAAGAAAGAUUCCUUUGGAAAUAACAAUGAAAUACCUUGGGCUUCCUAUGCCAAUAAACUUCAAAGACAUUUCUUGCGUGCAACUCGUCAAGACUUUAUGAAACCAACUCGUUACCUAUCACGUCACGAACUCAUGUACAUUCAUCAUCAAUUUUUCGGAAGUAAACCAAUGAUCCCUCAAUCUAGUUUUGAUUCAUUUUGGAUUUGGUUUGGUAAAGGUUUACAAAAACUACGUUAUCAACGUCACGUUUGCUCCAUGUGGCAAUCGGGUCUCAUCUAUGGUUUCAUUUCUCGUCAAAGUGUCGAAGAAGCCCUUCGUAAUGAAGAGCAAGGCACCUUUUUAAUUCGUUUCAGUGAACGUCAUGCUGGCCAUUUCGCAGUUGGCUAUAAAGUAGAUGAUCCCGAUCCUGAAAAACGUAUUCGUCAUUAUUUAGUAAAGGCUGAUGAUACUGCUGGUGCAAAGAAAACCCUUCCAGAUUUUCUUUCAGAAUGUCCUCAAUUUACAAAAAUACUUCAACUCACUAUCGAUGUAUCAACAGGUGAACCACGUCUCAGAAAUUUCCCUAAAGAUGUAGUACUUGAACCCUAUUAUUCGAAAAGAGAAACUUUACCUGCUACAAAUGGUUACGAUUCUUUACCAACAAUUCUUUAA